UGACACUAACUCUGACAGUUGAGUUUUGUUCGGACGGUUCGUAGGUCGUUAGUUUUUGUCUUUUAACUCUUUUCGUUGAAUAGAAACAACGCGAGGAAUCGUGUAGAAGAAAUGACGUAUUCAAGUUGUAGCGUUUGAAUUAUCAUGAUAAGUUGGUGUUACAAUAGUUUUCUUUAGUUUGAACUCCGGAGUCGCCGGCGAAAGCCGUGUUUCGAUUACUACCUGCAAACUAAAUAAUUGUAACGUGACGUGCUUUGCUCCUCGUUAUUGAGAGCAUUCAAAAUGAACCUGGGCUAUGCAGUAGUUCUAUUCAAUGCUAUAUUCAUUGCAUUAGUGAAUAGUGCAGUUAUUGUGGAAGAUGGUGAUGUAGAUCAACAAGGACUUUAUAGUAAGUCUGAUCAUGUUGACAUAUUAACGAAUCGUAAUUUUGCAAGGAAAAUUUAUGGGCAGAAUCAUGCAAUUGUGGCUCAAUUUUACAAUAGCUACUGUGGACACUGUCGAGCAUUUGCUCCCAGAUUUAAAACCAUGGCAUCUGAAAUGAUGAAUUGGAGAAAUAUUAUAAAGUUAGCUGUUAUUGACUGUUCUGUGGAAGAAAACAAUGAAAUUUGUAGACAGUUUGAAGUAAUGGCUUAUCCAUCAUUACGCUAUUUGCAUGAGAAUUAUGUCAAAGGAAAUGGUAAUGUUGGUGAUAAGAUACAAUUAACUGACACACUUGAAAAACUCAAAGCUCAAAUAAUCACAAAAAUGCAAAAUGAUCAAACCAUUGGAAACUUAAAAUUUGCACCUUCCUUUGUUAUUGAAUCCUUCAAAGAUUAUGCAUCUGCUGUUAAGAAUGUGCCUGCCAAUAUUCAAUAUACAUUUCUUGUAUUGGAAAAUGAUAAUUCUACAUUAGGGUCUGAACUAGCUUUAGACCUAAAUGAUUACCCUAAUGUUAAAGUAAAAAGAGUGAAUGAAGCUAGUGAAAUUGCAGAGCUGGCAAACAUUAAACAGUUUCCUGGACUUAUAGCUAUUAGCUCUACUUUAGAGUCUACUACUCUUGUGCCCAAAGACUACAGUAAGUUGGGAUUACUGAAAGCAAUUAAUUCUUUCUUAAAAUCUAAAAACUAUGCUUUCCCUGUGCGUGAUCAUGAUAGUCAAGAAAUACCCACUAAUGACCACUCCAAUGAAAAACCUGUGACUAUUAAUACUGAUCUUGUAUAUUAUAGUGACUUGGAGAAAACUAUUAAAACAAGUUUACAUACUGAAAUCACAAGAUUUAAGACCUUGACUGGCGAGGCUCUGCAAGCACUCUUAGACUAUCUAGAUGUAAUCAUGGUCUCAUUUCCUUUUAGAGCGAAUCUUAAAGAGUAUAUCACAGAAUUGCGUACUACUCUCGCAUCAAAGAAUAGUUGGGAAGGUGGCGAAGUGUAUGAAGUAGUUAAAAAUUUGGAAAUAAUACAUGCACCUGUAUACAUAACCAAUUUGGAAUAUGUAAGGUGCAAAGGUAGCCAGCCUAAAUUCCGUGGAUACACUUGUGGACUCUGGACACUAUUUCAUACUCUAACUGUAAAUGCUGCUCAAAAACCUGGUACAGAAAGUCCAAAAGUUUUAAAAGCUAUGCAUGGUUAUGUGAAGAACUUUUUCGGAUGCACAGAAUGUGCUGGACAUUUCCAAGCAAUGGCAGCAAGAAAUAGAAUAUUUGAUGUGAAGGAAAAUGACAAAGCGGUACUUUGGCUAUGGAUAGCACAUAAUGAAGUAAAUCUUAGGUUAGCAGGAGAUACCACUGAAGAUCCUGAGCAUCCAAAGAUCCAGUUUCCAAGUGUCGCCAGGUGUGCUGAAUGCAGACUAGCCAGAGGUGCUUGGAAUCUACCAGCUGUAUACCAGUACCUCCAAAAUGUUUACGGUGCUGCAAGCAUCCAAUCCAUGCGACGUGCAAGGUCAUCUGCAGCACCUUCGGUCCCAUUCUCCAAUUUGGACAUCGGAAUGCUAAGUCUCCUGUACAUGACAGCAUGAUAGUUUGACGUUUCGAGAAAUCCAUCGCUUCCAUUUUUAUACUCGAGUCCUGCCGUACCUAAACAUGAUGCUAGGUCUAAGCUAGAAAUAUUGUUAGUUGAUUUUUAGACGACUUUACAUUUUAUAAAAUCUCGUAAUUGGUGUCGAAGUUAAACAUAAGAUUGGUAUGUUUUGACAAAAUCAAGUGUUUAGUUUUGGAGAAAAUGAUAUCACCCAAAGAGACUGCCACAUAAAUGCACUGUUCCAAUACAAUAGAUACUGCCAUUAUGUAUGUUGUCAAUUAAUAUGUUAUUAACCCUGUUGUGUGCAUAAUUCAUUGUUCGUUAAUUCACUUUACCAUUGUUCACUUUCCCGAAAUUAACACUUGAUUAGAGUUGGGAAUGUCAUGAAGCAUAAUUUCUAGAUUAAAAUUUCGAAGUUGAUGAAAAUAUUGUUACGGAUCACUUGAAUAAAUACUGUGUAGUUGACACAAGCUUUAUAGGUGUGCGAUGAAAUAAAUAGACGAGAGGAAACCUGUGCCUCAUAUACAAUUCUAAAUAGCAAAUAGAAUAAUCGAAACAACCAACUAGGUAUAAAUGUACUGCAAUAAAAUCUCAAGCUAAUAAAUAGUCAGAUACAUUUAAAAUAUUUUUUUAAGAUUUGUAAUUGUUUAAUUAGUUUAUGACCUGGUCAAAGAUAUAUUCAACGAAUAUUGGGUCCUAAUGUAUUUAGAUGACUCUGAUUGAGAAAUAAAUAUAAUUAAUUACAUUGUUACUUUUAUUAAUAUGUGUUUUUAAUUUUAAGCACUGAAAUCCCCUGUUUAAAAGAUAUGAAUAUUUACUGAAUAUUUUCGUUUAUUUAAUUGCAUACCUAUUAAUUAGAGGAUAAAUGCUAAUUUACCUACCAACCUUCUCACAGAAUGAUGUUACAUUGUUAUCAUCACAGCUGCCUACUUACCUUAAAGUACAUAGGUAGUUACAUUGGUUAUCCUCAAAGCCAUAGGUGUUGUGUGUUUGCGCCUGUAUUUAUUAGUUAAGUACUAAUUUAUCAUAUUAUUGUAAGUCCCGUGCAAUACUAUGGUGGGUACCUACCUAUACCUAUG